AUGAAAAAGAGCAAUAGCAAUAUCUCAGCAAAGGAUACCUUAUCUGCCCCCCUCCACAUCCAUAACAAUAACCAAGUAUUCAUCAACUUCAGGGGAGAGGAGCUACGCUGCAGCUUCGUGAGCCACCUUGUUGACGCAUUCAAAAGACAUGGAAUCAACUUCUUCAUAGACAAAGAUGAACAGAAGGGAAAAGACCGGAAACAUCUCUUUGCAAGGAUCAAGCAGUCGACAAUAGCUCUAACUAUAUUCUCAAGAAGGUACGCAGAGUCACGCUGGUGCCUUAACGAGCUAGCGAAAAUAAAGAAAAGAGCCGAUCAACGCAAACUACAAGUGAUACCCAUCUUCUUCAAGGUGAAGGCCGCAUCCGUGAGAUACCAAAAGGCAGAGUUCGGUCGCAACUUCUGGAGGUUAGCUAAGACUUCAAGUGGGGAACAGAUCAAGAAAUGGAAGGAAGCUUUAGAGUCUGUUUCGGACAAGAUGGGAUUGCCGUUAGGCGAACAAAGGUACCUUACUCAUAACCCUUAA